AGACGCAGUGUGUGGAAAGCUACUAUUUGCUUUAGCUUCUCAUUAUAUUUCACUUUGCGGUUCUUUUCAUUUGCACGUUUCCGAUAGCCUAUGAACGUCGUUGAGACUUUAAUCAUGCUUUUUUACUCGAUCUUUUAUAAAAUGAUAAACUUGCAUUUCUACCAUAUUACUGAAGGUGUUACUUUGUCUUUGAAGACGCUUGCAUCACUACAACAGGCUUAUCCAUUAAUUUCUUUUCUAAGAUUCUGUAGAACGUCAACAAUUUUGAAUGACAAUUUAUUUUGCUGUGAUGCGACGCAGCGUGACCAUCAGAGUGCAAGCAGUGCAUGAGAUUUUUCGACCUUCUUGAUAAAGGAUGACUCUCUCCGUCACAAAUCAUCAUAAUUCAUUACACUACUCCCCUACGCGGUAUUCCAUUGUUUCCUUGCCAUUUCGCGUUAACACCCUCCCAAGCCUUUUCAUCGGUUUGGCCGCCUUUCCCAAUUCUUUUGCCGGCCCGCCGUUGCACCCUCCGCAUGUCCGCGCGCUAGCGUGAACUCGACGGAACUACAGAUAAGUCGCGCUACUGCAAGGUUGACAAUAAGAGGAAGCUGCAUUAGUUGGAGCAGUACGACGAAGUCAUCGUCGUUGCCGUUGCUAUUGGUGUUGGGUGGCACAAGUGCUCACCCGUGUCUGUUAUUACGAGGAAGAAGAAGACGACGACGUUGUGUAUACCUCUGUUCUGUGUGGUGCGGGUUCUCUGUGCUUGUUUUUUUUUGCUUGCGGUAGAGUGCGGUGUGGCAAUCUCAAUGCUCGGCGGUUUUGUUUGAGCUCGACAAACGAAAAACUAGAAUAUCCUCUGGCGUAGCGUAUGCCUGCACCGCGCUGAAAUGUCUGUCGCUUUUACUGGCGGCUAUACUGAGUGAGCGCUCGUGUGGUGUCAUUAUCGGCCAGCUGUGAGUGACACAGUGCAGAGUCGGUUCCGCCCAGAGAGUAUCGGUAAGCAGGGGUGAAAUGGCGGGCGACCCUGCGCUCUGUGGGCCACGAGUGGUAACAGUGGUCAAGUCCGAGACGGGAUUUGGUUUCAACGUGCGAGGCCAGGUUAGCGAGGGAGGCCCACUCAAGUCGAUUAACGGUGAACUCUACGCUCCUCUCCAGCACGUCAGUGCCGUAUUAGACGGCGGUGCAGCGGAGAAGGCCGGAAUACGACGAGGCGACCGGAUACUCGAAGUAAAUGGAGUGAACGUAGAAGGCGCAACACAUAAACAAGUGGUUGACCUAAUAAAAAGCGGUGGUGACAAACUUCGGCUUACGGUCAUUUCGGUAACAGCGGCAGAGGCCGAACGACUUGAACCUCAUGAAGACUGCGGGGGUAUCUCUUAUGUCGAUUACUCAGAAAAGCGAUCUCUGCCAAUCUCAAUACCCGAUUACUCCUGGAGUGAACCCCAGCGUGGUUCAAGUGCGACCACUGAAAAAUAUGCGGUGUACAACAUCUAUAUGGCAGGUCGUCACUUGUGUUCUCGCCGGUAUCGGGAAUUCGCUAAUCUCCAUGCUAGCCUUAAACGAGAGUUUCCCGAUUUCGCCUUUCCUAAAUUGCCUGGAAAAUGGCCUUUUGCAUUGUCCGAUCAGCAAUUGGACUCGCGUCGACGCGGACUAGAACAAUAUCUCGAAAAGGUGUGCGCAGUUCGGGUGAUCGCUGAGCACGAUAUCGUUCAGGAUUUUUUAACUGAUGACGAUGAAAAUGGAGCCAGUGCUUGCAUUGUUGACGUCAAGGUUCUGCUUCCGGAUCGUAUCACUGUUGUGGUUUCGGUACGAAAGAACUCUCAGUCAACAGAAGUGUAUGACGCGGUAAUGGCUAAAUCCGGCGUUUCGAUUGAUGUUGCCAAGUACUUCGCGCUUUUUGAAAUUGUUGAAUUUGGCUUUGAACGUAAACUGCUUUCAUCGGAAUUUCCAUACAAUUUGUAUAUACAAAAUUACAGUACGGCGACAGCCACUUGUCUAGUCGUACGAAAAUGGUUGUUCUCUCUUAAGCUCGAAGUACGACUGGCGGAAAGUUUGGACACUGCGCGCAGUUGGCUCUUUUGGCAAGCCGUGGAUGACGUCAACAAAGGCCAGAUCAAGCCGGGAAAUCAACUAUACCAGCUCAAAGCUCUUCAGGACUCACCAUCUCGUCAGGACGAGUAUCUAGCGCUGGCUCGGACUCUAGAAGGCUAUGGAGAAGUGUCAUUUCCUCAUUGCGCCUGUGACGCUCGCAAAGAAGGCCACGUUGUUGCUUCUGUGGGAAAGACGAACUUCAAAUUGCAAGCCUGCGCUGAAGAUGGGUUACUUCAGAAUCAAGUGAUUGAGUUCGAGUGGGAAAACAUUACGUCAUGGGAGGCUGACGCGGAAGGGAUGGCAUUCCAGUUUGAAUACGGUCGACCAGACAAAAAACCGAGACUUAUUAAAAUAUAUACGCCUUACUUCGUGUUUAUGCUGGAUUGCUUUGAGCGAGUAAGCGAGGAGCGAAAAUGGGCUGCUAAUAAGCCAUUAGCCGCGUCAAAGGCUUGCCUGGAUAAGUGUCUGGCUCGAGGAUCGUUACCCAACGUUACUAGGACUGCCAGCAUGACUAAUAACACGACAUGGAGAUCAACACCCCCGCUUAAUUCGAGUCAGUCGAGUGACGAGUUUGCUUCUUCUCUAUUCAAUCUACUCCCCUCAGCAGCUCAAAAGGAUGUCGACGAGUUUGCGCAAAUAGAGCAGCGAAUGAAGUCUCACGAACCUUUACUAAUAUCCCAGGAUAAUAAAGUGACGGCAUUAUUAAUCGAUAUACAGCUUUUACGUACGGGGCAGCUUAAGGAAGAACUGGAGCUAAUUGAAAAUGAAGUGAAGGAGAUCCAGCAUGAUUUGCUUCUUUUAAAAGAUGUCGAUAUUCAAAAACUAGAAGAAAACUUAACCAAAUUAGCUAGCCAAAUUGAGCUUCAUCAAAUGAAGAUAAAUGACUACGGGAAUGAAACGAUGCCAUUAGCCCCCUCAUUAAACCUUCUAAAAGUUAAAAAUUCUGACAGAGAAACACUCCGUGAGCAAGUAGUUCAACUACGGCUAAAAGGAAAAAUGUAUGAGGGAAUCGAUAAUUUUCAUGUCGACUCCAUCCGACGGAUGGUGCAAAAGGUAGAGCAUGAACUAAAGUGUAUUACCGAAAGGAUUGCCACGCACGUAACUUCACGUAAAAGCCUCGGAGUAUGACUCUACUGAAACAAUGAUAUGAUUAAUACUGAUUUUAAAAAAAUUAUCCAAAAGACAUAUAACAUCUGCAAAUAGCAUACAUAUUUACCAACCAGGUAUAUAGUGUAGCUUUUUCGGUACUUCUGCAGGUGAAAAUCGAAGCUAAAAGAAAUAAGAAUACGUGGAAAACAAAUGUGUAUUUUUCAAAUUUAUUUUUGUGAAUAAAUGUUAUGCUUUUUAUGUUAUGUUGA